GCUGAAUUCCCCUCCAACCACACACAUCUUUUUAUAACCUUGGGUGCGGCAGGUACAAUUUCCAGCGGAAGGAACAUCUUGUCGGGUUUUUUUUUUGUAAUUUGUUGACGUAAAAAUGUUGGAUAUCAACUUGUUUCAAGUGGAGAAGGGUGGAAACCCUGAGUUGAUUCGUGAGUCUCAACGCAAGCGUGGUGCUGAUGUCACUGUUGUUGACAAGGUCAUUGAGAUGUACAAGGAAUGGGUUGGAAUUCGUUUCGAGCUCGACAACGUAAACAAGACCACAAACGCUCUCCAAAAGGACAUCGGCAAGAAGAUGAAGGCCAAGGAGGAUGCCUCUGAGCUUUUGGCCGAGAAGGCCAAGUUGGCUGCUCAAAAGAAGGAGCUUGAGGACAAGGAGACUGCCAAGUACAAGUCUAUGAUGUCCCUUGUGAACACUGUCGGUAACAUCGUCCACGAGUCCGUCCCCGUCAGUAUGGACGAGGAGAACAACGAGUUGAUCCGUCAAUGGGCUCCAGAGGGUGUCAAGGUCGAGAAGCGUGAUUGUCUUUCUCACCACGAGGUCUUGACUCGUCUCGAUGGCUACGAUCCCGAGCGUGGUGCCAAGAUUUCCGGUCACCGUGGCUAUUUCUUGCGCCAGUACGGUGUCUUCUUGAACUUGGCCUUGAUUCAAUACGGUUUAGAGUUCUUGACCAAGCGCGGUUACACUGCUCUCCAAGCUCCCACUAUGGUGAACAAGGACGUUAUGGCCAAGACUGCCCAACUCUCUCAAUUCGACGAGGAGCUUUACAAGGUUGUUGAUGGUGAUGAAGAGCGUUACUUGGCUGCCACCUCUGAACAACCCAUUUCUGCCUUCCAUUCGAACGAGUGGUUUGAGCAACCCGCCGAGCAAUUGCCCAUCAAGUAUGCUGGUUUCAGCACUUGCUACCGUCGUGAGGCCGGUUCUCAUGGCCGUGACGCUUGGGGUAUUUUCCGUGUCCAUGCUUUCGAGAAGAUCGAGCAGUUCUUGCUCACUGAGCCCGAGAAGUCUUGGGAGGCUUUUGACGAGAUGAUCGGUCACGCCGAGGAGUUCUACAAGUCCCUUGAGUUGCCUUACCGUGUUGUUGCCAUUGUUUCUGGUGAGUUGAACAACGCCGCUGCCAAGAAGUACGACUUGGAGGCUUGGUUCCCUUACCAAGGUGAGUACAAGGAGCUUGUUUCUUGCUCCAACUGUACCGACUACCAAUCUCGUAACCUUGAGAUCCGUUGUGGUGUCAAGAAGAUGGGUGCUCGUGAGAAGAAAUACGUUCACUGCCUUAACUCCACUCUGUGUGCUACUGAGCGUGCUAUCUGCUGUAUUCUUGAAAACUACCAGACUCCCGAGGGUCUGAAUGUUCCUAAGGUUUUGCAACCCUACAUGGGUGGUAAGACCUUCUUGCCCUUCACCAAGGAGCUGCCCAAGAACUCGACUUCCUCCAAGCAAAAGAAAAACUAGACAGGCUAGCGCAUCGUGUUUCCUUCAAUACAUCCAUUCAUUCCACCCCGCCGAAUAUUGUGUGAAAUGUGUAUGGUGAAUGUGAGCAGCGGAGAGUUAUAAGGGACCAGUUUUGUUCGGCCAGGCUUCUUAUUAUUCAUUUUUGUUUACAUGUUGCUUUCCACUUAACACUUAAAUAGCGGCGGCAGCUUCCUCCACCGUUUACGUCACUCUCGCUUAGCCAAAUCUUUAAUAACCCAAAAAAACUCUAGUCCACAUGCGCGAUAAAGCCGACGCACGCACC